ACGGCUCUGCGUGCUGCCUGUUACGUCCAGUUUUCCGAAUCAAACGGCAGCUUCUUGCCGUCUUCUGUUGUCUAGGGAUGCAGCAAAAAUUUCAAGGCGCUCAGAGGUAUGGGAUUAGGCCAUAGCAUUUAUGCAACAUCAAUGUGUUCUGUUGUCAAAUUCAGGUGGUUCAAGCGAACGAUUUAGCUCACAUUGCACGGGUGAUGAUGGAGCUGAGAUAUCACAAGUGUUGAAUACAGCCAUGUUCUCCUCCACUGUACAAACCAGGCAGGACCCCGGAUGCGCCAUCUUACGCAGGGUCAAGGCGGGGGCUGGAUUACCGGGCCUACCUAACACGGCCAGACUUAUACCGAAGGCAGUGCGAUUCAUGCUCGAGAUGGGCCUUCUAAGCCAGUUUCAGACUCUACCAACCACAUACCAAGUCACAGCAACGGACAAGAAGCAGCCGGCAGCAUAGCGC